AACGCCAUGUCUUUCGUAUCCCAGCAACCUCAGAGCCCCCUGUUCUUCACACUCCCUCUCGAAAUUCGCCAACAGAUCUACGCCCAUCUCCUUCCCAGCACAACCACCAUAACCCAAGACACCUCCACCAAAUCUCGUUUUCCCUCGCUGCGCUCCCCCUUUCCCUCGGAGUAUCCCAGCACCGAUUUCCUUGAAAAAAACUUCUCCGAUGUGCGCUCCAAACCUAUAGACAACGGCAUCGUCUGGCAGCGAGGCUGCACAUCCCUCCUCGCCGUGAACAAGCAAAUGCACUUCGAAUGCGCCGAUCAGAUGUAUGGCACAAAUACUUUCGUCAUCAAUAUAAGCUAUAAUUGUAUCAAGUUUGCUUAUCGCUGGAUUGUGCUCGCGAGUAAUCUUAUGCCAAAUCGCGACUUGCCGUUUUUGGGAUUUAGAAUUGGGUAUCUGGCAAGGAUUAGGAACUAUGUUGUACAUGUGGAACAGGUGGAUAGUUAUACUGGUAUGGUCAAGUAUAAUUGUGGUGGGCCCGGAUUGCCCGCUGGAUUGAGGCAACAGGUAUCGAUGCUGGUGUCUGUGAUGGCGUCGGCGACGGAAAGCAAGCCUUUGCAUAGGCUACACAUUUAUCUUCUCGAUUCAAAUCAGGGGCAAAUACGACGUUUGCGGUCAAUUCCCAUCCAAGCAGAGUCGAAUGGGAAGCCAUGGACAGUUCUAGACCCUUUCAAAGUCUUGCGCAACGUGCGGAUGCCGACCAUCACAGGAGCAGUUCCCUUUGACUACGCAAAUGGGCUACAGGAAGCAAUGCAGAGCUGA